AUGUGGUCUUCUCGGCACAGGAGGUACUCUGGGACCACACAUAUCAACAUGCCUGUUCCCCCCGCCGACCUGUCUCACGCUUCCGCUUUCACCAUGACCGGUCGUCGAUAUCCACGUAUGUCUCUACCGCCAACGCCUACAAUGUCGACACCAACUCAAGAGUGGGUGCCAAAGAAGCUGGGCAUAACUAUGGAGGGACGAGUGCCCCAAAACUCCAAGGUGAAGAGGUGGGACGGUGCGGCAAGGUCCUGCAGUGACUGGGACAACCUGAGAAGGGACCCUGAACUCUGGUUCCGCGGCGGGAACUGCUUCGUCCAUCUGUACGGUAAGGGCCAGUCACGCAGAGGGCCUGCAUUCAAGGUCCCAUUUGGCGCUCUGCUCUCGGCAAAAUGCCACCCCUUCGUCAAAAGGUUCAUGUCUCGCGACACGAUGCCCGAGUCGCCCGUGUCGUUUGACGACCAGUACGAUGACUUGGAUCGGUGGAAUGCUCUCAACCCCAACGAGAAAGUCGAACUUUACAUUCCAGCGCCGCCCAUGGCGGACAAGGAACAGUCGUUUGCCUACCACCUCGCGACGCGCAAUUUCUUCGCCUGGAUUUUCCGCCGCUCGGUUGUCGGCGAACACUUGGGCACCGCUCUCAUCGGCCUGCUCAACAGCAUGGCGGAAUUCAGAGGUAAUGACCAGGACAACAUCCCAGAUCUCAUGUCAUACCUGGAUGAGGAGGGUUAUUUGGACAUCAAGGGCCAGCCGCACCAGGCGUUGGCUCUCCUAAACCUUUCCGAGUUCUUCCAGAUGAGGGACAUGUACAUCGAUGCAUUCAGUCACUGCGUUGGAAUGAGCGAGGAGCUCCCCUACAGCCCUGAGUACCAGCACAUUGGUUCAGUCACCAAGACUCACAUCCGACGGGCCGUAGCGAACAUGAACGCACGGCUUAGCAAAGCCGGCGGCAUGCUGAAUCUGUUCUUGGAGGAGGAACUGUCUGAAACCCACCUCGGUCUACCGGCAGGCGGCCGUGCUCACUUGGACCGAUUCCGAGCCUUCACAAAAUCAUUCUACACGACGAAGCUGGGCGCUUACCCGCCGCUCUCCUUCGACGCGCAGAAGAACCCCGUCUUCGAACCCGAGGUGCUUGCCAUCAUGCGCAAAGACUUCCAGGCUGUGUAUGAGCUGCUGGUCGACGAGAGUUUCACUUCUGCCGAGAGCAGCCCGAUCCUUGCCCAGGGUGGGAUUUGCACGUACCAGAGCGUCAACGACUUUGACCGUCGUUGUAAGUUCCAGUCGCUCCGGCAUCCACUGCCGUUGCUUCCCGAGCCGGCCGGGGACAGGUCUGCCCGUCGCGUGUCUCUCCAGUGGCUGGCAAACACCACGCGAGGCGACAAGCUCAAGCCCGACCAGCGUCUCGUGGCCCACAGCGCUCUGAUCAAGGCGAUGAACAUGCGGGAUCAGGACCUGCUCGAAAACGACUUUGUUCGUGCGUACCGCAAGUUUGAAGAGGACUCGGUCUCGCCGCUCAGCCGUGUUGACAAGGUCGAGAAGAUCAGUCUCGUGGAUGCCCGCAAGGUCCGAUGGAUCUUGAUCUACGCCACGUAUCAGGUUCUCCUGAGCUGCACGCAGGCUCCGCCCGAGGUUCGCGAUGUGGAAAAGGUGGGCUACCAUCUUGCUGUCUCGACCGAGAAGCUGCCGCCUUGGAAGGAGGGCCGCAACUUGCAGUCACUCCUACGCAAGCAGACCGACCUCACAACGAACGUCAAGCGGACGCAGUCCGUCACAGACUGGGCAUCCAAGUGCAAUGCGGUUCCGAGCCUCAUCGUUACGCCCACCAUCGACAUCCGGCCAGAUAUCGACUACAUGGCCAGAUCGCGCCAAGAGGAGGAGAGGGUGUCCCGUCGCCAGUCGGAAUGCGUAAGCUCAACCGGGACGGGCGCAGCACGGUCCCGGAGCCGGAGUCUCUCUCGUAGCAACCCAUUCCGAAGAUCUCUCAGCAUCUUCCGCAAACUGGAAGAGCAGUGUGCUCCGGCUCCGGCGCCCAGGAAGGCAUCAUACUGCGAGAUCGUCGUCCACGGCUACGGCAACGGCACCAACGCGGUCAAGAAGUCGAUCAUCCCGCCCCCAGAGGUUUCGCCGCGGACAGUUACGGCCCCUCGUUCGUUCUCGACGUCGUCCGAGUCCAGUAGCGUCUCCGAGCCCCAGUCAUUGGGGGCCUUUAGCUUCGCAACGGCCGAGUCAACGGCGCCGCCGACGUCGCCCGAGGCGGUAUGCAAGAACUGGCCGAACCAAGGUUCGCCGAUGCUCAGCCCCGUGCCCCUGCGUGGCCGCCGGCGCGUCAAGGCCGUGCUCGCCUUCGCGGAACCUGCGGAACCUCCUCGCGCCAGCUCCCCUCACUUCAGCUCCCCAGAGUUGAGCGACAAGAGACGCCAUAGCGUCAUGAGCUACGCGCAUGACUACGAAGAGCUGAUCAAGCAGCAGGAGAGCGACUUCCACCGUCACGAGUUGGAACCGCUCCCGCUGCAGAUCCGCAAGACGUCGAUGCCGCUGCACACCGAGCUGCACGCCGAGUCUCCGGUCCUGGGGACUAUCGAUGUCGACAUCAAGCCCGAGUGGGAGCAGUACAAGGAUCUGGGGGGGUUGACCAGCUUGUCGCCCCUGAAGAUCUAG